AUGCGAGUGGCUGAAAUUGCAAGAUUUUAUAAGAAGUCUACAUCAACUAUUUGUACAAUAUUGAAGAAGAAAGAAGAAAUAAGGGGGCUUGAUGCAGCAAAAGGAGUCACAAGAAUAUCAAAGCAACGACCACGUGUUCUGGAAGAUGUAGAAAAGUUGCUUUUGGUUUGGAUAAAUGAGAAGCAAGUAGCAGGUGAUACUAUGACUGAGAACUUUAUCUGUGAGAAGGCAAAGGCCUUGUAUACUGACCUUACAAGUAAACUGCCACAUACAUCAGCAGGAAAUGAAGAUGGUUUCAAGGCGAGCAGGGGAUGGUUUGAUAACUUUAAGAGGAGGAGUGGCUUCUGUAGUAUUGUGAAGCUCAGAGAGGCCAGGAGUUUGAAUGCUAAGGCAGCUGAGGCCUUUGCUGCUGAGUUCCAGAAGCUCAUGGUUACCGAGUGUUACCUGCCAGAGCAAGUUUUUAACUGCAAUGAGAUGGGGCUUUUUUGGAAAAAGAUGCCAAAGAGGACAUACAUUACAGCAGGAGGGAAUGCAGUGCCGUGUCAUGAGCCCAUUAAAGACCGUCUCACCCUCUUGUUUUGUGCUAAUGCUAGUGGGGAUUUCAAAGUCAAGCCCCUGCUUGUGUAUCAUUCCAAGAACACACCAGCCUUCAAGACAUGCAAGGUGCAGAAGAGCCAGUUUAACAUUAUAUGGCGGUCCAACAGCAAGGCUUUGGUCACUCGUAUCUUCUUCAUUGAGUGGGUCAAUGAAGUCUUUGGUCCUGCAGUGAAAAAAUACCUUGUAGAAAAGAAUCUGCCGGUGAGAGCCUUGCUAGUUAUGGAUAAUGCUCCUGCUCAUCCUCCAGGCUUUGAGAAUGACUUACUGGAAGAAUUGAAGUUCAUUAAGAUUAAGUUCCUUCCUCCUAAUACCACUCCAAUCCUCCAACCUGUGGAUCAGCAGGUCAUUUUGAACUUUAAAGCACUAUUUCAGCAAUGCUUUGAAGUAACUAAAGGAACAAACCUUACCUUCCAAGAGUUUUGGAAACAUUUCCACAUUGUAAACUGCCUCAAGAUCAUUGAUAAAACUUGGGAUGGAGUCACCAAAAGAACACUCAAUUCUGCAUGGAGGAAACUGUGGCCUGAUUGUGUUCUUGGACAUGACUUAGAGGGCCUUGCUCAUGAACAGGAGCUGCCAGUUAUUGAUGAAAUUGUAUCCUUGGGGAAGACCAUGGGACUGGAGGUGAAUGAAGAUGACAUUCAGGAGCUGAUAGAGGAACAUGGCAAGGAGCUGACCACUGAAGAACUGAUGGAUCUGCAUCGGGAGCAACAGCAAAAGGUUAUGGAGAAGAGCUCAUCUGCAGAGGAGGAGGAAAAAAAUGGAGAGGAGACCCUCACUAUUAGGAAGAUAUGUAAGAUGUGGGAAACAGUGAAAAAUUUUGUGGAAAAGGACCACCCGAAUGAGGCUGUAGCAGGGCGAGCAGUGAAUCUGUUUAAUGACAGUGCAAUGUCACAUUUCCACAAAAUCCUCAAAAGGAAGCAAAAGCAAGUAUCAUUGAAUAGAUUCCUUGUUAAAGUUGCACGGAAAGAAAAAGAUUCAAUUGAGCCGAUAGAUAAUAGUGAUUCCCUUAGUGAUAGUGAAAGUCGUCCUAUACAAUAA